CUAAUAGACUAGAAUAGGUGGAAAACCCACGAGUGAUCAAGUGCUCUUUUGCCUCUGUCGGCGGAUCUCGAAAUCCGGGUGAUAUGUAUGACGGCUGGAAAAGAGUCUCGAGCCGGCGGAAUCGCCCCAACAUAUUUCUUGCCCAGCCAAUCCACGGAAAACUCGCAAUCGAACUCGCCUUCUACGGGGAUAAAGAAUGGAUCCUCCCUACCAAGCUGGUCCACGGGAUCGCUUAAUUCGAAAGAGCCUUUCGCAUUUGCGCCCGAUCAAACGGGCCAAAGUACGCCGCCCAUGCAGCCCAACGAUGGGCAGAACAACUACGAGAUCAAAAUCGAAAGUUCAAUCGUGAAGGUUGUGAAUGCGAAAAAGUCCUAUGGAAAAGGGAUCCACAAGAAGGUGGUUUUGGACAACCUGUGUCUAACCGUGCCCAAAGGAUCGAUAUACGGGCUCUUAGGAGCCAGUGGAUGUGGCAAGACCACCCUAUUAUCGUGCAUCGUGGGUCGCAAAAACCUGGAUCACGGACGUCUAAGCGUGUUUGGAGGCGUGCCUGGAGAUCGUCGAACCGGGAUUCCCGGAAAAAGAGUGGGAUACAUGCCACAGGAACUGGCCCUUUACAUUGAAUUCACCAUUAAGGAGAUGCUUGAAUAUUUCGGGCGAAUAUACGGCAUGGACAGGCACAAAAUCCGUGAAAAGAUCGACUUUCUCGUACAAUUCUUGGACCUCCCACAUUGUGAUCGUGUCAUAAGAACUCUCAGUGGUGGCCAACAGCGUCGCGUUUCAUUCGCCGUCUCCCUAUUACAUGACCCGGAGCUACUUAUACUCGAUGAACCCACGGUGGGAGUGGAUCCCAUGCUAAGACAAAGUAUUUGGAAUCACUUAAUUCGCUUGGCCAAGGAUGAAGGGAAAACCAUUAUCAUCACCACCCAUUACAUCGAAGAGGCUCGACAGGCCUCCAUGGUGGGUCUCAUGAGAAAUGGACACCUCUUGGCCGAGGCUCCACCUUCGACGCUUCUCGAGCAGUUCAACCUUCCUUCUUUGGAGGACGUUUUCCUAAAGUUGUGCGUAAAGCACGAGAUGGUUGAUGCUCACGAUAUUCCUGCCAAGUCCACAGCCGGAUCCAUGUCUCUAUCGGGCACACUGAGGAAGCUGCCAUUGGUCUCGGACCUAACUCUGACUAACACCGCCAAGAGGCAGAAACGGGGUGGAAGCCUCGUCUAUCCGGGAAGCACAGCCAUGGCCGAAGAUUACAGCAUUCAAGCCAUUUCUUACAUGAAAGCCCCGGAGGAGACCGAAUUCCAGAAGAUUAAGCGCAGGCUUUCAAUGAAGAAGAAGCCAAAUUCUGGAUCAAGCGAUCAAGUCUCUCCAGGAUGUUGCCAGAUGACGGUUCCUUCUCCGUCGAAGAUCUGGGCGUUGAUCAUGAAAAACCUCAUAAAGAUGUGGAGGAACAUACAACUAUUGUUUUUGUUCUUGUUGCCUGCCGUCCAAGUGAUUUUCUUUUGCGUGGCCAUUGGACAAGAUCCUACCGAGCUCAAAUUUGCAGUGGUCAAUCACGAGGUCUCAAACAUGACCUCAAAUUGCACUGUGACCACUGGCUGUGAUUUCACCACCAUUUCAUGUCGACUGCUGGAAUCGAUAUUCAAUAACUCGUCCACACUCAUCAUGGUGCCUUUUGAAACAGAUGAACUGGCUCGAGAAGCCGUUGCCAAAGGUGAAGUCUGGGGUAUGGCGGUCUUUCCUGAGACCUUCACCAAGUACUUCUUGAAACGAUUAUGGUCUUCAUUGGAUGUGGACAAUGAGACACUGAUUCAAAGCUCGAUUCAAGUCAAUUUGGACAUGUCGAAUCAACAAGUGGCCUUCCAACUACAGAAGGCGCUGCACGAAGGCUACCAAUCGUUCUUUCGUCAAUUGCUCACGGAUUGUGAAUUUCCUCCCGAAAUGGGUGACCUACCUCUAGUCUUUAAAGAUCCCGUGUAUGGGGACCUUCACCCCAAUUUCACCGAGUUCAUGGCACCGGGGAUCAUCAUCCUGAUUAUUUUCUUCUUGGCCUUAUCCCUUACCGGUGAUAUUUUCGUCACCGAGCGCAGAGAUGGACUUUUGGAUCGAUCCUGGAUCGCUGGUGUUCUCCCUUCCGAAAUCCUCAUCUCGCACGUUUUCACGCAAUUUUUAGUACUGGCUGGUCAAACUGCUAUCACCCUGGUCUUCAUCUUUUUGGUCUUCCAUAUCAAAUGCGAAGGACCCGUUGGUUGGAUCGUGGGGCUCACUCUCCUUCAAGGAACGGCGGGAAUGUGUUACGGCCUUUUUUUGUCGACGAUAUUCAACGAUGUCGCUGCCACGAUUCAGUUCUCCAUUGGAAGUUUUUACCCAUGUCUCCUUUUAAGUGGCAUUCUGUGGCCAUUGGAAGGUAUGCCGUGGUACCUGAGGACAGUAGCAUGGUACCUUCCGUGCACGGCUGCGUGCCAAGCCAUGAGAGACGUGAUGUCCCGAGGAUGGGGAAUAACGCAUCCCUCUGUAUAUUUGGGAUAUGUGUCCACUUUGUCAUGGAUUUCAGUUUUCAUUAUUCUCAGUUGGAUUGUCAUCAAAGUGAAAUCAUCCUAGAUUCGUCAUAAUACGUCAUGUUUGUUACCUUGAAAAAACACUUUCAAUACAUCCUGUAAUGUCUAA